AGUCUAGGUGAGACUGUGAGGGAGUCACUACUUCCUCCUCCUCCUCCUCCUGCUCCUGUUCGUGCUUCUCCUGCAGGCAGCCAAGCAAAACCGGAUUUUUAUUGUUAUUUUUGUUGCUGUUUUUGGAGUGUGUAAAAGUUUCAAAUACUCACCUUUGUUAGUAACAUUACCUCACCACCACUACUGAAAGUGCUACUUCUGCUGCUGUUAUUACUACCACUACCUCCAAGUCGACAACCUCAUCGGGGUGUGCCUUACCUGUGUACUCUUCAGGAUCAAGACAGGUGGCCAGGAGCGUUCCAAGAAGCAACUCAGGAAGGAGAAAGAAAGGACAGACAGAGGGAGCGAGGGAAAGAGAGACAGAGAGGAAAAGCACACGUAAAGCAAGGAGCUGAGGCUGAGCGGGAAUGGUGCGCUAUGAAUUCCUGACAUUGGUGGUGGUGGCCGUGACGGCUUUAGUGCACUGCCACCACGAAUGCCGCACCCGGACCGGUCAGGAGGGUCGCUGCGUCAGCAUAAGACAGUGCCCCGAGAUGCAGGCGUUACUGCAAAGCAUCACGAGCAACGGAGCGCAGUCAGGCUCCAUGCAGUGGCUACGAGACUCCGUGUGUGACUUCCAGGACGAGACUCCAAAAGUCUGCUGCAAAUACCGGCACAGCCUGGCGUCACGAGGGGCGUCGCUGCUGCCUACUGACUGCGGCAGGACAGUAUUGGUGGAUCGCAUCGUGGGGGGCGUGGACGCCUCGCUCUUCUCAUGGCCCUGGAUCGCACUGCUCAAUGGCCGCAACACUCGCGGUAACUUCUGGAUAUGUGGUGGUGUGCUCAUCUCAGACCGGUACGUCCUCACUGCAGCUCACUGCGUCCACGGCUCUUCCAGAUAUUUGCUAGAUUUCGUGCGGAUCGGCGAGCACCAGCUGACGAAGAAUCCAGACUGCGAGCGUCGGGUGUGUGCCCCCUCCCCCCAGGACAUCCGCGUUGAGGAGAUUGUCGUGCACGAUGACUACGGCAGAGUGCAGGGCUGCCCUCGCUGCCACGACAUCGCCCUCCUCAGACUCGCUACACCUGCACAGCUCAAUCCAGCUCAUGUAGUGCCUAUCUGCCUUCCCAUGAACAUUGAGAAGGACCUCGGCAUCGUCAACAACGACUUUUCCUCUAAAUUCGCCUGGACCGCUGGCUGGGGAACCAUAGAUCCCGCGCGGACGGUACCGGCGGACAUUCUACAAGAAGUGUUCCUGCCCCUUAGUAAGACGUAUUGCAACACCUCCUCCUAUCCUGACCCCAACAUGGUGCUGUGUGCAGGAGGUGAGGGCGCCGACAGCUGUGCCGGGGACUCUGGCGGGCCGCUGGUCAUGGAAAACCCUCGCGUUAAUAUCAACUACGUGGUGGGUCUGGUGAGCAAUGGGCCUACAGUGUGUGGCGCCCGGAAGACUCAGGGUUACUACACCAACGUCCAUUACUACAUCCCCUGGAUCCUACGGCACCUACAUUAGCGGGAAGCAAAUAAAGGGAGUGAACGCGACAAGAGAGAGGAUGAAUGUUCCAGGGCAUUUUAAUGUUAGGAGUGUCGAGGAAUAAAGGGACUGGAAGUAAAUAGCAUCUCUUCAAAAGACAGAUUAUUACUGUCCUUGCUCUUGCGGCAGUUUUAAUAUGGCGCAUCCCUCUGUCUUUAUUGUCUUGCUAUUUUUUUUUUUUUUUUUUUUUUUUUAGUUUUCCUCAUCGUCGGCUCGCGCAUUUCGCGUCGUAUCUUUCAGGGAAUAUUCCGUGUGUCAGGGUGAAAGAAUGUGACGUGAUGUUCUGUCAGGCUAAAUAAAUACUAUUAACUGUU